GUCUGGGCCGGCCACUUCUACGUGUGCCUGCUCAUCAUGCUCCUGCAGACCAUGGCCUUCCGGGAGAUCGUGUCCGUGCGCUACAGCGAGUACAAGUCCGUCGACGGCGCGGGCCGGCUGCCGCUCUUCCGGACGCUGCAGUGGGGCUGGUACUACGUCGCGCUCGUUUUCGUCUACGGCGACUUCAUCAAGGAGUUCGCCUACAGCCACGAGCGGGGGCAGGACGUGCUGCUGCACUACGCGCGGCACCACGAGGCGCUGGCCUUCGCGGGCUACUGCCUCGUGUUCAUGCUCAGCGUGUGGACGCUGACCGCGGACAACGUCAAGUACCAGGUGGGCCAGCUGUCGUGGACCAUCGUCACGCUGUGCAUCGUCGUGGGCCAGAUGAAGUUCGUCGCCCACAACAUCUUCGACGGGCUGUUCUGGUUCUUCUUCCCCGCGUGGCUCGUCAUCAACAACGACUGCUGGGCGUACGCGUGGGGCGCGACGCUCGGCCGGCGGCUGGUGAAGGCGCCCUUCUUCAAGCUGAGCCCGAAGAAGACCUGGGAGGGCUUUCUCGGAGCGCUCUUCUCGACGGUGGCCGUCGCGUACUACACGGCGCCGCUCUUCGCGCGGUCGCAGUGGCUCGUCUGCCCCGCGGCGGAGAUCACGCUCGUGGCCCACAAGACGCUGUCCUGCGAGACGCGGGCCGUCUUCGUCAAGCAGGCUGAGUAUGAUGUAUUGGGGCUCUUCACGCUCGAGGGCGUGGCGCCCAUCCAGCUCCACGCCGUCUGCUUCGCGCUCUUCGCGUCCAUCGUCGCGCCCUUCGGGGGGUUCCUCGCGUCCGCCAUCAAGCGGGCCUACCACGUCAAGGACUUCGACUCCAUCAUCCCGGGCCACGGCGGCGUCACGGACCGCGUCGACUGCGAGUUCAUCAUGGCGCUCUUUGUCUACGUGUACCACAAGACGUUCAUC